GUUCAUUUUAAAUUAAACAUCAAACAUCAAAUAAAUAUUAGACAUCCAUCAUACACCUUAUAAAUUCAUAAGUAUAACAUUAACAUAGUUCAAAUGAAACUGGAAAAUUAAAUAACAUACAUUUUACUGCUGUCCUUUGCUUCAUUCGGUCAGAAUGUCUAAAAUUUUUCUAAAAUCAAAAACAUCCAGCAUGCAACUUAGAUUGCAACGUAGAAGAAAGCAACAUGCAAAGGACCUUAUCUUGAAACCUUAUGACUUCUGUUGUUCAAUAAAUAAUGUUGAUCCAUUAACACAAUAUGACAGAUUAAGGUCACUUUACAGAACUUCAUUGAUAUCCUUGCAAACAAGAACUGAAAACCCAACUUUGAAACUGCGAGCAGAAUUUACUGAUUGUAUAGAUCCUGCAGUGAGAUUGUUGCAGCAAAAGAAAAGUCUUAAAAACAAACAAUUAGAUAUAGGAGAUCACAGAUAUAAAAAUAAGAAAAAUAUGCAGAUUUUUAAAAAACUAAGAAAAAUAUAUGAAGGAAAGAAAUUACACAAAUCAAUUGCUAAGAAAAACAGAAUUUUAGAUAUUGGUGAUGAUUUUGAAUUUAAAGAUUUGCACGAUAAAAAAGUUACAUCACUUCUUCAAGGACCAUUACACUGGUAUUUAGAAGAUGAGAUUGCUGCAGCAAAAGAUAUUCUAUGGGAACAAAAACAAAGAGCAUAUAAUGAAAAAAUGAAUAAGAAUAUUGAAAUUGGAAAAGAAAAAAAUUAAAAAUUUAAGGAUGUUACAAUGUAUAAUGCAUAAAGAUUGUAAAGAAAUGGUAACAGGACGAACUCGAAGAACACUUUUAUCAAUUGGAAUUAUAUCUACAUUUUUUACACUCACACCAGAUGUUGUUAAAAAAUUACAAGAAACUUGUAACUGCAAUGUAAUCGAAUUUUUAAGAGAAAUUUAUAAAAUACUAACUGGAAAUUAUUUUGAAGAAGAAGGAUACAAAAAUUUUUAUGAUUGUAAUGAAAGAAUAAUUUUAUCAGCCAUUGCAUUUUUGACAUUACCAGAAACUAUUAUAGAACUCCAUAAACGUUUACCCUCUGUGACAAUGCCAAAAUUACCAUCAAAACCCAUUCCACCAAUAUUAUCAAAAAGACAAAAGAUGGAAUUACCCUACAAAGAAAAACUUUUUUUGCGACCAGAUUGGGUAACUUUUUAUAGUUGCCUGCAAAAUUGGCAAGAACAACGUCGACAAAUGUCAAUUCCGAAUGUAAUAUUACCUCCUAAAGAUUGUAUUUUAAGUAAUUUUACAAGCGCAAAGAUUAAUUCUUAUUAUGAAGAAAGCAAACGCAGUGAAGUACAAAAUAUUUCUCAAAAUAAUCCUUCUAUUCAAACGAAACAUUUACACAAUAUUUCUAUUAAAAGAAAACAAGAAAAGAAUACUUCCAUUGGUAAAAAUCAGGAAAAAGAUAUUUCUAUUGAUAUAAAACAAAAAAAUACUGUAUCACUCAAAGAGGAGAAUAAUUUGCCUGAUAAUUUUCCCUAUAAUUUUGAAUUAAAUGAAGAUCAACGUGACUCUAUAAGAAAUGAAUAUAUAUUCUCUAUAGAGAAUAAUGAAAGUCAAAGAUUUAAGAGUAUAGUAAAUAACGCAAUAUAUACGAAACAGGGAAUACAAUAUAAUCCACAGAUAUCUACUGGUCUUAAUGUUCCACCAUUAUAUGGUGGAAAUAGAUUAUUUGAUUUUACGAUCAAUGGAAUUGGCGAGAAACCAGGGCCGGUAGAAUAUAAAAUAUGUGGAGUUUUACAACCGCCUCAAUCAAAUAAAAAGUCUUGGCUUGACGAGAAACAUGCACAUUACAUAAUAUCUGGUGCUUCAGAUGAACCACCAACUUGUCCUGUAACAUAUGAAAUGACUGGUGUUGCAAAUGUGACACCCUCCAAUAGCGAUGAAAGAUUUUUUGCAGUUCUAAAACUUGGAGAUGGACCUAAAAAGAUUUAUCCAAGCGGUAGGCAGAACUUAUCUCGUCAUUGGCAAGAAUGGCUGCAAAAUGUGGAUGAAGAAUUUCGGAAAAUAGAAAGGGAGGCAAACAAAAUGGUAAAAAGUAUCGAAGCUAUAACAAAACUAGUAUUUCCAGAGCCAACGUGCGACAGUUGUUGCUCCUGUAGACAAACUAGAAAAUCAUAUUUAAAAGCUAAGGAAACAAAGGCGCCUUAUUUUGUAAUAGACACUAUAACUGAAGAUGACAAUAAAAAGAAAUACAUUGUAGGGUCAAUGGCAAUGCAUUCCCCUGCACCAACGCCUCCAGAAUCGACCAUGAAUUUAUUAGAAGUUAUAGCUUCGGAAGAUGUUCUUACUGACAAUAUCAUAAUAAGUGGUGUCACAAAUGAAACAGGUGAAACUCAAUAUUUUAUUACUGGUUCACAAAAGCAAGUUAUACAUAUGCCACAGCGUGUUGUAGAACCUCCACCUCCUAGACCACCUAGAAAUGUUCCACCUUGCGUAUGUGCAAUUCAACAAAUGUUCAGCAAAGGCUUGUCUUCAAACGUAAGUCACGAUAAUAUACCAUGGACGAAAGACGAAGGCCUAUGUUUUGGAAAAAAAUUUAGACUCCAUGAACCUUCUGCGUAUUCCUGUAAAAAUUAUCCAGGUGAUAAAUCAUGUAGAAGAAAUCCAUUUAUACAAGACAUAAAUAAAUUAAAAAAAAGAACUGAAAGAGCAAAAGAAAAGCAAACAGGUCAAACUAAAGAGAAAAAGAAAAUUUAUAGUAUCGCAGAUUUUAAACCAUGUGGAGACGAACAUGGCAUGAAUAUUUGUGGAGGACCUUGGGGUGCUUUACAUACUUUAACACCUGAAGAAUUAGCAGAACAGGAAAGAUUGCGAAAAGAAAUAUUAAAAAGUCCUCCAUGUGGCACGAAACCUGGACGAGCUGUCUGUGAGGGCCCUUUUGGAGAAAGAAUACGGUUUAAAUCACCACGUACAUUAAUAGAAGAAGAAAUUCCAGGAGAAGAAGGCAUUGAAGAGGAAGAAGAAGAAAUAGAAGAAGAAGAAGAAGAGUUAACGAAGCCUUCUCCGGUUGAGGUAAAGAAAAAAGAAAAAAAACGCGACAAAAAAUGUUAUAUGAGUCCAGAAGCUAUUGAAGCCAGAAGGCAAAAGGUAGUCGAGAAAAAGGUUAAGAAAUUUAUUCCUGACCCGAGCUAUCCAGGUUACGAUGAUCCAUGGAAUAUAUUUCGUACAGCACCGUCGGUAAAAGAAUCUGAAACUGAUUUUAAAAAAUUAUUGAAACUUAGUUCUCCGCGACCGCCAGCUACACCUGUACUAUCUAAGGUAUUGAUAGAUGAAAGUGGAAAAUCUGCAUUACACAAAGAUAUUACUAAAUCAGAUAUAAAGAAAGAUCGUCCAAUUGUGGAAGAGUCGAAAAAAAUAUCUUCCACACGAAGUACAUCAGAACAAAUUUGGAAGAAAAAAAGUAAAAGAAAAUUGAGAAGCGAAGAAAAAAUAAGUGAAAGAAGACCAAAAAAAUCUAAUAAAAAAGAAUUUAAAAAAAGCCAGGAAAAAAUAGAUAAAACAAAAUCAAAGUUAGAUAGAAAAAUAAUUACAAAAAGUCAAGAAAGUGAAAAGGAUUAUGAUCAAGUAAUAAAAAGUGAUACAAUAAAGGAUAAAAGAAAAGAUCAAAGUGUUUCGGUACCUGUAAAAAGUAAGCAUGAUCGAAAGAUGGCUACGAAAUCCGUGGAAAAUCCUUCACACAAUCCUAAAUAUUUAGAGAAACAAAGUGGAGGAUCGAAUUCGAAAAAAUCUAGUAAAGAAACAUCUUCUAUUAAGCUUCCUAAUAAGCCUCAUAAUUAUAUGCGCAAUGUAACAAAUUAUGAAAUUAAUAAACAAGAUAAAAAAGGGAAUAAUCCAAAGAAAUUAAAUCCCAAGUUCAUCACGUUGUCAGAUAUAAAAAAGAAAAAAAUAAAUAAACAAUUGAGUACGAGAAAAAGGUCGAUAAAACGAGAUAGAAAAAAAUAUAUAUAUAUUGACCAAGACAUAAAUCCUGAAACAGCUUAUAAAAAUAAGAUACACGAAUUAAAGAAUAUGAUGAAAUCUACUAAGAUCUAUCCCUAUGAUAUAAAACCAGCAGAGAUUCCAGAUGAUCCCCCAGCAAAAUGUCAACUAGAGUAUGAAGAUUUAGAACCUACAAUUAAUGCUAUACAAAUUGAAGAAGAUACAGAUGUACAACCGCCAAGUAAAGAUCCUUGUGGUUGGAAGACAAAAUCAGAACAACAAUUGUCAACAAAGAAAACUCUGGUGUAUCUAACUGAUCCAGAUUAUCCUCCGGAAACAAUACCAGUAAGACCAGGAGGGAAACCAUGUGUUUGUCGGGAAAACAGAGCAAAGAAGAAAAUAUUAUUGUACAAUAUCGGAGGACUUAUAGGUGGGAAGAAAAAUGACGAAGAAAAAAAAUUAUUUAAGAAAAAGAAAGACGAAGAUAAACAGAUGCAAGUCAUAGAUGGAGUUAUUUAUUAUACUCCACCACCAAGUCCCCGUAGAAGCGACGAAUAUGUACCCGAAUAUGAUCUUUGUAAAUCCCCAUAUGAUAUGUGUCUUACUCAACGUAAAGACCGAAAUCUUAAAUUUCUUGAACGAUACAGUAAGCCAAAGAUAUCAGAAGUUCCAGAAAACAAGGAAUCUUGCGGUUGUAAUGAAUACAUAGAUACAUAUGGUAUUCAAGGUACAAAUGAAGAUGAAAAGAAAGUUCAAUUGUUGAAAGAACCUGAGACCAGAGACAAAUUAAUAAGCACAAAACAGCCAAAAGAACGUUGGAAUUUGGCGCUUAAGGAUGUAGAUUUAAUAGAUUAUUUUACACGAUGUAGAGAUAGUUUGCCUUGUUGGUUGAAAUGUGGAAAAUUUAAUAGAGUCGGCUGUCCUGUGCUACAUCGAAAACUUAAAACAAAACGACCAGUGUGUGAAUGUAAAUAUGAAAGGAAAAUACUCGAACAUAAAGAGGAGAAAACGAAAUGGAAAGAGCGUCAAAAACGAUUGAAAUCCUUGAAAAAACGUCCAUAUGUUAAUGUUUCUGAUAUUUCGAAACCAUUGGUACCAAAUACAAAAUUAAUGAUAUCAGAAGUAAAAAGAAUUCCAAGAGAGGAUGAAUACAUCGACGACAUUAAGUAUUGUAUAACCGGAGUUGCUGAAAAUUAUGAUUAUUUACCACCUAAGCAAGUAGUAGGUGGAAUCCAUAUGGCUACACCCAUUCAGACGCCUGAACCAAGUGAACACGAAAUACCAUGUAUUUGUUUGCAUCGACAUUGGUCGCCUAUGAAGAUUACUCCUGGACCAUUACCAAAACCUGAAGAAAUUUUACUUGUUGAGAAGAAACGCAGACAAGAAGCUGUGAAAGAAGCAUUUCACCAAAUUUAUGCUCCUCAGUCAACAUAUCACAUGCACAAUGAUCAUGGUUGUCAAGAAAAAUGUGGUAAAAAUUUUGAAACAGAGAAUAAUAAGAAUACAGAAAAAAAUCAACAAAUUGACAGCCGCUAUGUAGCAUCAUCUCGUUUACAAAAACCUAUUAAAGACAAAGUAACAAAUUCUUCUCAACGUGUUAAGCAACGCAUUAAAUCAAACAUUGGCAAUACUGAAACUAAGAUUGAAGUUAAAAAUUUGCAAAAAUCUUCUGGAAGUAAGAUUAGGGAUUCACAUAAAGAGGAUAGAGAUUUUAAGACUGAAGAAAGAGAUCAGAAACGUUUAAAUGUUCCUCAAAGACAAGCAUAUAGAGAAACUAAAAGUGAUGCUCAAUAUAAUUCUAUUGAAUUAGAUGCAGAAAAGGCACAUGCUUUAGAUAAGGAAACUGAAAAAGAUUCUGAUGAUACCAAAUGUUAUUUAAUGGCUAUAAUAAAGAUUGAAUUAAAAAAAAUGGCGGCAGAAGGGUUUCUAUUUGCAAAAUUACCCAAAUGUUUUUUAAUGCCACAGUUGCGAUAUUGGAUAAUGUAUAGAAAAGGUUUCAAUCUUAGUUAUGCAGAUAAAAAGUCAUCAGUUCGCAACAGUAUUAAAAUGUGGAACAUAUUUGAUAAGAAAACCGCAAGAUUUAAAAUUAAUGUACCAUCGUUGAAAAUGACGAAAAUUCAGCUUAGGAAAUUAACGUACGACGAUGCGCGAGAAAUAAAAGAAAAGAUCGCGUUGAAAAAAGCUACAUUCUGUAAUCGAAUACGAAAGGAGCGGGUUUUGUAUGCACGAUCAAUGUGGAAUUUAAUGGAAUACGGAAAAUUCCCAUCGAUAUCGUUCAAACGAGCAUAUUUUACCUACAUGGCUGGCAAAGAAAGUGAUGGCCACGUUUUUAAACCAUGGUUACCUAUCGAAGUGCGCGAUAUGACUAUAAAGUAAAAUAAAAUAGAAAUAUUCGCAUAAAAUUCAUAUUCGAAUAAUCGAUCUGAAUGGUCGAGUUGAUUUUUGGACAAUCGAGAAGAGGAGCUCGAACGGAGCAAUCGAUAAUUUGAUGCGAAGAUUUUUAAGUCUGUUAUAGCUGUCGUAAGAGUACUGGAGGAUGGAUUUCGAAAGUCCAGAUGUAGAGAAAGAAUUUCCUGGAUUGUACGCCUCGGAAUCAGCAAAAAAAAGUAAUGAAAGCGAUUUUAGCGAUGAAGGUGGACACGAGAAACAUUCUAAAAAAGAACUCCUCAGUGGUAAACGAAAAGAAAAGAAAGAUCGAAAGGAUCGAGGAUAUGCCACCUUAGAGGGUGAAAGUUCCCCUGACGAGGAUCAGGAAACAAAAAGUCCUUCAAAGUCAAAAAAGACCAAAGCUUUCAAAUUUCCGUCAAAGAAAGAAAAGCGUGAAAAAUCCAGAGAAAAAGAAGGUAAAGAAAAGGACGGUGAAAAGGAUAAAGACAAAAAGAAAAAAGACAAAGAUGAGAAAGACAUAGAAAAAGAAAAACGUAAAGAAAAAGAAAAGGAUAAAGCAAAGCAAAAAUUAAAAGAUCGUAAAAAAGGAAAGCAUACUGGAGAAGAUGGCCUGGAUAUUGGGGAGGAACAACCGGUAUUUGGUGUUAGACUGUAUUUAGCAGUGGAAAGAAGUCGUUGUCACGAUGGUGUUGAACUACCUUUAGUUGUAAGAGAUUGCAUUGAUUUUAUAGAGGAGCAUGGAAUGAACGUGGAGGGUUUGUAUAAAGUUCCAGGAGUAAAAUCAAAAGUUCAAUAUUUAAAAAAAUUAUAUAACCACAGAGAACUAGUAAAUUUAUCUGAAUUCGAACCUACAGUAGCUACAAGUUUAUUGAUAUUGUUUCUUAGGGAGCUACCAGAGCCUGUCUUAGAAAACAGUGAAAUGAUAUCAAGGUUUGAACAAGCAGCAUCUACAAAAGAUGUUGCACAAAGAGAAGCACAACUAGUGCAUUUAACUCAGCAGCUCCCUAAAUGUAAUAAAGUUCUUCUCGCGUGGGUUAUAUUACACUUAGAUCAUGUUACAGCCCGAGAAAAAACAACUAAAAUGAACGCUCAAACUAUCUCAAUGACAUUAAGUCCUGUACUACAAAUGAGUCAUAGAUUGUUAUUAGCUUUGUUAUUUCAUUGCAAAGCUCUUUUUCCAAAUGUACAAUUAAUAAAGUAUGUACCGCCACUUUCGUCUGGUAGCGUUAAUCUUCCAGAUUCUGUAGAAAAUAUAGCAGCUGAAUUAUCUAAGCAAGAAUCGUUACUCUCACAAAUACACAUGCAAAUGAACGCAGGUUUUGUUACAAAAUCACGCGAGGAACAGUUAUGGGAAGUACAACGUAUGAUAACGCAAUUAAAGAGGAAAUAUAAAACGGUUCAAAAAAUGGAAGGUGCAGCGCAAAAAAGUUUAGAUGAAGAGGUAAAAUCAAAUGAUGAGACUAUAAUAGAAUUAAAUGUACAAAAAACAAAAACAGAAGAGGAAGAUGUAGAACAUAUGAAAUCGGAAACUCAAACAACUUCCACUUCAACAUUAAAAAAAAAUAAUAAAGCGCAUAUUUCAGAAGACAAUAAAGAACCAACAAGUACAAAUAUUACGCAAAAUGAACGAAAUGUUCAUAUAUAUGACAAAGAUAUUGUUGAUUCUGCUGAAUCAUCUACACUUGUGUCGCAGUUUAAUGAGCAAGAAAAUACUUCAUCUAGAACAAAUGAAAAUGUUUCAGCAGUAGAACCUGAACCUGAAAAUGCUAUUGACAAAUUGAGAGAGAGUUUAAUUUAUGAAGAACUAUUAAAUAUGCAAGCAUUACUAAAGUCACGAAUAAAUCAAGAAAGAAAUGAAAUUAAACGUUUAAUGGAAAUGCUAACCGAACGUGGUCCAGAAAAGAAAAAACCAAAAGAAAGGAUACACUCACCGAAUGAAGCAGAGAUGACAGCUAUGAUUCAAUUAGUCAAAGAAAAUCAGUUACUCGAGAAAAAAAUGACUACUUUAAUCCGCAGUAUCAUAGAAGAGAAAGAUGCUUGCAUAGAACUUCGUGUUCAACUAGCAGUUCAUCAAUUAGCGGCUAAAACCUGACCAUUAACUAUAAAAUGAUAUUUUUAAUUCAUCAAAAAGAACAUUACACAGAUUCUGAAAAUAUGUAACAUGAUGUUUUGCACAGGAUGAACAUAUAUAGUUUAUAAGAUGUUACUACAAUCAUGUUUUCUUGACUUAUUCUAUUCUCUUGUAAAAUAAAAAAAAUAUAUUGAACAUGGAUGUAUGUCUUUACUUAACAUGAAAAAUUCUUGUUUGUGUAUAUAUAUAUAUUUUAUUAAUAUGCAUUUGCAUUAAAUAUGAUAAUUACAUGUAACUUGCAUAUACUUUUAACAUUUGCAUAUACUUUUACAUUUAUAUUGUUUUAUGUAUUUAUUUAAAACAAAUAUGCUAUUUCAUACAAUCUUAGAGUAACAAAGAUACUUGAUGGAAAUGAAUAAUCUUUGUACAUGAAAGAUUAAAGAUUUUGAUCAAUAUUAAACAACAUUCGACAUUUAUUUCUUUUAACUGAAUAAAAGAGUAACAUUUCUACAGAUGGUAAUUUUAUAUUGGAAUGUAGGACCGAAAAAUAUAAAGUGUUAUACAAUCAUAUUCUUUUUUCUAUGUUAAUACUGAAUAAUAUAUUACCCUUUACACAAUCACUUCUUAUAAGUGAUUAUUCGUACGAAACACAAAAUAUUGUUAGAAUUAUAUUUUAACGACAUAGAAUUAAUGUUAAAUUGUACAACAGUUUCUGACCUUUUAGGUAUAAGUUCUAAUACAUAUUUGUCAUUGUCCAGUUAAUUUAUCAAAACGUACUAAUUUUAAUUUUACUUAAAAUUUGAACAGAAAUAUUUUAACUUGAUUAAUUUAUUUUUGAAAUUCGAUAAAUGUUUAACCUUUUUCAAUUCAUAAAAAAUAGGUCAGAGAUUUUCCUAUCUUUUUCAUUUACAAUUUUUUCUAUAGUUAAAAAAAAAAAAGAUAUUUAAACGUAAGAGAAAUUAAUGACGUGAAUCUCUGGGAUAAAAUUCGGCGAGAAUGUUAGUAGGAAUUCGUUUGAGCAUCUCCUUAGGGAAGAUACGUAACAAUUGCCAACCAAUAUCCAGUGAUUCAAAAACUGUACGAUUUUCGUAGCUUCCUUGAGAAAUGAAAUUUUUCUCGAACUUCAAAAGGAAUUCUAGAUAGAGCAAGUCAUCUGGCGUCAAAGCCUCUUCACCAACAACAGCUUUCAUAGCUUGUACGUCUUUUCCAAUAGCGGUAUAAAACUUACCAACUGAUUAGACACAUCAGAAUGAUCUUUUCGCGUAAAGCCUUCACCGAUAGCGGACUUCAUAAGACGAGACAAUGAAGGAAGUACAUUAACGGGUGGAUAAAUUUGCCUAUUAUGAAGUUGACGAUCAACGUAAAUUUGUCCUUCAGUAAUAUACCCAGUUAAAUCAGGAAUAGGGUGGGUAAUAUCAUCGUUCGGCAUAGUUAAGAUUGGAAUUUGAGUAAUAGAACCAUUACGGCCUUCUACUCGACCAGCUCGUUCGUAUAUAGUUGCCAAGUCGGUGUACAUAUAACCAGGGAAACCACGUCGUCCCGGAACUUCUUCACGAGCAGCUGAUACUUCUCGAAGAGCCUCGGCAUAAGAAGACAUGUCAGUAAGUAUGACUAAAAUGUGUUUUUCACAUUGAUAAGCCAAAAAUUCGGCUGCAGUCAAUGCCAGACGUGGAGUGAUAAUUCUUUCAAUAGUAGGAUCAUUGGCCAAAUUCAGAAAGAGACACACAUUCUCCAUCGAACCAUUUUCCUCAAAAUCUUGUUUAAAGAAACGGGCAGUUUCCAUGUUCACACCCAUAGCGGCAAAUACAAUAGCAAAGUUAUCUUCGUGGGAAUCCAAGACUGACUUUCCAGGCAAUUUUACAAGACCAGCUUGACGACAAAUUUGCGCAGCAAUCUCAUUGUGUGGUAAACCUGCAGCAGAGAAAAUAGGAAUUUUCUGUCCACGAGCAAUAGAAUUCAUAACAUCGAUGGCAGAAAUGCCAGUUUGAAUCAUUUCUUUAGGAUAGAUACGCGACCAUGGAUUUAUCGGUUGACCUUCAAUAUCUAAGAAAUCCUCCGCAAAAAUAGGAGGACCUUUGUCAAUUGAUUUUCCAGAUCCAUUGAAAACACGACCCAACAUAUCUUCGGACACAGGGGUCCGAAGAGUGUCACCAGUGAACUCGCAAUGAGUAUUUUUUGCAUCAAUACCAGAGGUGCCUUCAAACACCUGAACAACUGCUUUAGAACCAGAUACUUCAAGCACCUGACCAGAUCUUAUAGAUCCGUCGGCGAGGUUCAAUUGAACAAUUUCUGCAUACUUUGGAAAUUUAACUUCGUCCAAUAUUACUAAUGGUCCGUUUACACCUGAUACAGUUUUGUACGUAAGCCGUGGUUGUGAAAUGAAAUCUCUUGCAACAGCCAAAACAUGCUCCUUGGUGGCCUGACGUUCCCCGAUACUUUUCGGAUACAUUUUCGACAGAGCGGUUUUCCUUAGUCUCUUACGUCGGCUAACCAGCAAAAGGUACUGCUGCUACUAUUUCGAUAAAGGAGGAUGGACUCCUCCUCCAGGGAGGUAUCAAGGGUGGGGAUAACUUUAAAAUCCAAUUUAAACGAACGAAAUCAUUGCCAACACCUUCCCUGAAAUCAAUUAAACGUAUCAGCGGAAAUAAAGAAUGAACUUUUGUUAACAAUGACGACUUUUAAAUUAAACGAAUCUUCCGAUUAUAUGAAUUUUACUUCGAUAAAUUGAUGGAUCUAACAAGCAGCGAGCAUCUGAAAGAGAUAGACACAACGGCACGUGC